AUGGCCGAAGCGGUCAUCUAUCCGGUGCAGCCUCUAUUCAUGGUUGAUCGAAGCUGGCAACGACGCAAGAAGAGGGAGAAAAAAGGCCCGGACUCUCGGUUUGGUUCAGAUGGCAGGCAGCCGCUAUGCAGGGUUCCAGACGUCACAAUCACCUUGGCUGAUGGUCCAGCGGGAGCCAGGGUGCCGUCGGUCUUGGAUAGAGCUCGCAGCCAGGAUGUGUCUACAGAAGUUCAAUUCGUGAUUUACGAACCUCCAAGAGCAGAGACCCGGCCACAGCAGAACAGGCACGAGAAGUGGUCCCAGGAUGUUGGCAGUAACACCAAAUGCAGAAGAAAGAAAAGAGAAAAUGGUCGAGCAGCUCCUGUGUCUAAUGACCAGGAACAAACUGGGACGCUCCCCCCUUUGCCCACUCUACAACAGCCUGUCCACGGCACGGCCUCUCCAUUGUACACUGUCAUCGACCCUAUAGCCAGUGCUUUCCAGGACUUUGUCGGAUAUUAUUCUACACGCCUUGCCAUUGCCAUCUUCCCUAUCAGCAAGUAUAUCCCUUUUCAAUACAAUCCAGUCCAGACCGUUUGGCUUCCUGCAGCGCUCACCGACGAGGUAUUGCUUCACACAAUCUUAUAUUCUUCUGCUUUGCAUCACGCCGCUACUAGCCAAUAUGUCAAUUUCAGGGACUCUGAGGUCCUGAUGAAAGUGAUUCUUAACAGACUCAACCGCAGAUUGAGCGCUGGGACACUUUCAGCUGUGACCAUCGGGGCAGUCUCCUGCUUAGCGCUUUGCGAAAAUCAACUAGGAAGCCAUGGCAAGUGGGCUAUGCACACCUCAGGGAUGUCUGAAAUGAUCCGUGUCGGAGGAGGGAUAUCGUCCAUUCCAGAUGCAAUGCGGAUGAAGAUCUAUCGCGCUGAUAUCAUCGGUGCUGUCGACACCUUGUCACAGCCCUCCCUGCAUCGACCAGCUCGGACAUCGUUCCCUCUUUAUAAAGUUAUGGAACUUGACGUGCAGCUAAACGAGGCCCUUUAUUCCAUGCUUGUUGAGAUUGGAAUGAUGCCCACUCUACUGAGCGCCAUCAUGACCCUGUCCUGCUUGUGUCAAGCAUUGGAACAAGCAGCUGAGAAACAAAUCCCGUUGGACCCGAAAACGUACGAUGAAGACAUCGUCUGCAUUCAAUACGACCUGCUCAUGUCUAGAAGCUCCACAGAAGACGGUGUAAAUGAAUCCUGCACACUUGCCGCGCUGAUAUUUGUGCAGACCUUGACCAGAGAGAGCCCAUUCUCGAAAGCAUCUUCAACCCUUGUUUCAAAACGGUUGAGAUCGUGUCUAACCAAGACGGAUCCUAAUACGAUACCGGACACAUUGCUGUUUUGGAUUCUCUUUAUGGGCGGGCUUGUAUCUGAAGCAACAGAAGAUAAAGCUUGGUACUUGUCGAAACUCGGCCAGCAUCAGACAUCACAUGGCGAACCAGCUACUUGGAAAGAUGCACAACGUGAUCUCAAGAAGAUCAUGUGGAUUGAAAGAAUCCAAGAGCAGUAUGGAACGAAGCUCUGGUGUCAAAUCCACCCUUCCGCUAGCCUAUCGCAUGACUGA